UAUCUUGAAAAAGAUUAAUUUCCUUAAUUAAAAGCGGGGAUUGCCUUAAACGCGUUUUUACUGCGUAUAGCAGUAAUAAAUCGACCCAGUUCGUGAAAAUAAUUUUGAUUGCUUCCUAUUUGCAGCAACAAAUCGCACCGUCAAAAUCAGUGUAAUUAACAAAAUCAAAGCGGGCCAUUACAGUUCAACCAAGCUUCGCACACUCGUUAAUGGCGUCUUAUCGGAGUUUGAAUCUGAAUCCAUUUAAUCUGGAUGCUGCAAUUAGGUCGAAGACGACGGCGGCAAAGAAAGUGGAAGUUCCCUUGUUUUAUAUGUUUUGUUCUGAUCCGAAGUCUUUCUGGCACUGUGAAUGAAUGGAAAAGUCUGGGAGAGGGCCCAACGUUGCAUAUACAGUUUGAUUUCAGGGCUACCACUGAUAAGAAUGCUCUUCGUGAAAUAGCUGAUCAGUUGGGCAAAAAGGAUUGGGACUUUAGCCUAAAUCCUUGUUCUAACCACUCAAACUGGACAACUCCACCUAGGAAAGACAUGCCAUGGUACAACAAUUCUGUCAUUUGUAAUUGUGAAUACCCUGAUAAAGUAUGUCAUGUAGAAAGCAUAUUCCUUAAAGGACAGGAUUUAGCUGGUGUCCUCCCACGUUCUCUAGGAAAGCUACCUUACCUUAAGAAAAUUGACCUCACCCGUAACUACCUCAAUGGUACUAUCCCUCGGGAGUGGGCAUCUACGAAACUGGAGUACAUGUCUGUUAUUGUAAACCGCUUAUCUGGGCCCAUACCGAAAUACUUGGGGAAUUUUACUACACUUGUAUAUAUGAGCCUGGAGAGCAACUUUUUUAGUGGGGCUGUUCCAGCCGAGCUAGGGAAUCUGACCAACUUAAACAACCUCAUUCUCAGUGCUAAUAAUCUCACAGAUGAAUUGCCUAUGGAACUCAAUAAUCUCAAGAAUCUGACAGAACUUAGGCUUAGCAGCAACCGCUUCACUGGGAAAAUACCUAGUUUCGAGAGUUGGACAAACCUCCAAAAGUUAGAGUUACAGGCCAGUGGUUUUGAAGGGCCAAUACCUUCUAGCAUUUCGGUCUUGAAGAAUUUAACUGAAGUAAGGAUCAGUGACUUAAAUGGAGGAGCUUCAGAGUUUCCACAACUGAGAGACAUGAGAGGAAUGAAGAAAUUAAUGUUAAGGAGCUGCAAUAUUUUUGGGAAAAUUCCUAUAUACUUGGCAGAUAUGUCAGAGUUGCAGACUUUGGAUCUGAGUUUCAACAAGUUGGAAGGCCUGAUUCCAAAUCUUGAAAUUCUGGCAAAACUGGAGACCAUGUAUCUGUCUGGCAACGUUCUCACUGGGCCAAUUCCUGAUUGGAUCAAGGUCAGAGAUACUAAACACCAAAUUGAUCUUUCUUACAACAACUUUAGUGAGAGCUCUGUUCCGUCAACUUGUCGGGAAACUCUAAACUUGUUCAGAAGCUAUGAUGGGGGAAAAACCAAAGAACUUGGGAAAUGCCUGAAGAGCUUGCCUUGUUCAGAUGAUUCCUAUUCAUUUCAUAUUAAUUGUGGUGGAAAAGUGACUAAAAUUGGCAACAUAGAAUUUGAUGCGGAUGAAGCAUCGGCAGGUUCGGAAAAGUUUGUCCCAGGAAAAACAAACUGGGGAACUAGUAGUACAGGGGACUUUUGGGGCCGUAACACAACUAUGAAUGACUAUCUGGCUAAAAACGUAUCUGUUCUUAGAAUGAACGACUCUGAAUUGUAUACAACUGCUCGGCUCUCCCCUAUAUCACUCACAUAUUACGGCCGUUGCUUAGCAAAUGGAAACUACACUGUGACACUUCACUUUGCGGAGACAAUUUUCAGAAAUAAUCAGUCAUUCCAAAGUCUUGGAAGAAGGAUGUUUGAUGUGUAUAUUCAGGGAGAACGGAGACUGAAGGAUUUUGAUAUCGAGCAAGAGGCAAAAGGAGUUGACAAAUCUGUGGUACAAAACUUUAAAGCAAUUGUGAUAAAUAAAACCCUCGAGAUACGUUUUCAAUAUGCUGGAAAGGGGACAACAGCUGUCCCAGUCCGAGGAACUUAUGGCCCUUUAAUAUCUGCUAUUUCUGUCGAAUCUGAUUUUAAGCCUCCAAGCAAAGGAAACAAGAAGACUGCCAUCAAAAUAGGAGCAUCUGUGUCGGCCUCGUUUCUCAUUCUUGCAGUUAUCAGUUAUUAUUGGUGGUAUCGAUAUAUAGGAGGCAGGAUCUCAAGAGAACAAGAGUUGAGAGGACUAGAUUUGCAAACCGGUUUUUUCACUUAUAGACAAAUCAGAGCUGCCACAAACAACUUUGAUGCUGCAAACAAAAUUGGGGAAGGUGGUUUUGGGUCUGUAUACAAAGGAACAUUAUUGGACGGUAAAAUUAUUGCCGUGAAGAAGCUUUCUUCCAAAUCAAAACAAGGCAAUCGUGAGUUUGUAAAUGAGAUCGGCAUGAUCUCUGGAUUACAUCAUCCAAAUCUCGUCAAACUGUACGGAUGCUGUAUAGAAGGAAACCAGUUACUGCUCGUUUACGAGUACAUGGAGAAUAACAAUCUUGCCCGAGCCCUAUUCGGACCAGAGGAAUCGCAGCUGGAAAUGGACUGGCCAACAAGGCAAAAGAUUUGUACAGGCAUAGCAAAAGGAUUGACCUUUCUGCAUGAAGAGUCAACAUUGAAAAUCGUCCACAGAGACAUCAAGACAAAUAAUAUUCUUCUCGACGAAGAUCUUAAUCCGAAGAUAUCCGAUUUUGGGUUAGCCAAACUUGACGAAGAAGAGAACACCCACAUCAGUACUAGAGUUGCUGGGACUAUUGGUUAUAUGGCUCCAGAAUACGCACUGUGGGGUUACUUGACCUAUAAAGCUGACGUGUACAGCUUUGGUGUCGUGGCAUUAGAAAUCGUUGCUGGUAAAAACAUCAUGAAAUACCGGCCCAGUGAGAAUUUCGUUUGUCUUCUUGACUGGGCUCUUGUUCUUCAGAAGAAGGGGAGUUUGAUGGAAAUAGUGGACCCCAGGCUGGGUUCGAACUUCAACAGAUACGAGGCGGAGAAAAUGAUAAGAAUCGCUCUUCUGUGCGCAAGUCCAUCUCCAGCACUAAGGCCUACAAUGUCCGAGGUUGUUAGCAUGCUUCGUGGUCGUAUCACUAUACAGGAGUUUAAUAUGUAUCCAGCCAUUUCUGACAAUGAAAUGAAGCUUCAAGCACUUAGAGAAAAGUACGAUGAAUUGUAUCCCGAUUUAGAUGAAACUCAGACAGGUGUUGCCACAUCUUCGACGAGGGAAAUUGACACUUCCCUCUCAAUCGAUUAAUGUUUAGAACACACGGGUCUUAAACUCAUUUCAAGAAUUUUACGUAUCAUAUUAACGAUUGCUUGUAUCGGAUUACUUUGGAUUAGACGAGGCUAAUUAACUAAUUAUUUUAGUUAGUAA